GUUUAAAUUGGAGUAUAUUCCAAGAAUAUCCUAGUGAAAGUAUAUUUUUGGAAUAUGCUGAACAUGCUUUAGUGGAUAUUCCUUGCCCAGCAACGGAGAUUUGACCAUGACGAUGAUACAAAGAAUUUCUUAUUCUUUUGCAGGAGUAGUGAAAGAGCUGCAGCUUAAGAGUGACCUGCCAAUCCUGUGGAAGAAAAGGCUUUUGUGGGAGAACAUCCGCGAGGCAAAACUGGGACAAGUGAGCAGGGAAGUGCCCACCGAGCUCGUCACGGCUGCGGUGUCAAUCAAGUUGAAGCGGGAAGAAGCAAGGAAAACAAUGAGAGUGAUUCAAGAUUCGAGACUCCCUCUGGAAGAGUUAACGUCGUCAGCCCGUCUUUGCCGAUAUCUCGACCAUUGUAAUCCGGAAGGCUUACAUAGUUCUCACUGAAGCCGCGCUCUCGAUCCUGGAAGCACGAGCAUAUGCUGGUCAUUGGCAAGACAGUACAGGCUGCGGAUGGAUCCUGCGUUUUCGGACAGGAGUAUUAUAUGGGAGGAAGGUGGCAAGCUUGGUGCAAGUUAUUACUUCAGGGCGCAGGGAAAGACCGGGGACUUCGACCGCUACAUUACAGAAACUACUGUUUUUCUGGUCGACGGUACAGUUCAGAAUUGGGCGAAUGUUGUCUUGUUUACGUGCACGGAUAGAAAAGGCUCGCUGUGGCACUUCAUCAAA